GGCUACUUCUCCUGUAUGGUGGAUAUCCUGUUCAAUUCUUCUUUCUUGGAUGAUAUGGGGGAUCAUUCCAAAAAGAAGUCGGGAAUCGCAAUGUGUGUGGGCUGUGGAAGUCAGAUACAUGACCAGUACAUCCUGAGAGUCUCUCCGGACCUGGAGUGGCACGCAGCCUGCCUCAAGUGCGCCGAGUGCAGCCAGUACCUGGACGAGACGUGCACUUGCUUCGUCCGAGACGGCAAGACAUACUGUAAAAGAGAUUAUGUGAGAUUAUUUGGCAUCAAAUGUGCAAAGUGUAACAUGGGCUUCUGCAGCAGCGAUCUGGUGAUGAGAGCCCGGGACAACGUGUACCACAUGGAGUGUUUUCGGUGCUCGGUGUGCAGCAGACACCUCCUGCCAGGGGACGAGUUCUCUCUGCGGGACGACGAGCUGCUCUGUCGGGCUGAUCACGGCUUAUUGCUAGAGCGGGCCUCCGCAGGGAGCCCCCUCAGCCCGGGAAGCAUUCACUCCAGACCGCUGCAUGUCCCAGACCCGGUGUCGGUUCGACAUCCUCCUCAUCAUAGAAACCACGUCCAUAAGCAGUCUGAGAAGACCACCCGGGUCCGGACGGUGCUGAACGAGAAGCAGCUCCACACCCUGCGGACCUGCUACAACGCCAACCCCAGACCGGAUGCUCUGAUGAAGGAACAGCUGGUGGAGAUGACGGGCCUGAGCCCCAGGGUCAUCCGCGUCUGGUUUCAGAACAAGCGCUGCAAAGACAAGAAGAGAUCCAUUCUCAUGAAGCAGCUCCAGCAGCAGCAGCACAGUGACAAAACCAAUCUGCAGGGCCUGACGGGGACCCCUUUGGUGGCAGGCAGCCCUAUUCGUCACGAUAACACCGUCCAAGGGAAUCCCGUGGAGGUGCAAACUUACCAGCCACCUUGGAAAACCCUGAGCGACUUUGCCUUGCAGAGCGACCUGGACCAGCCUGCCUUCCAGCAGCUGGUGUCUUUCUCAGAGUCGGGCUCAAUGGGGAACUCUUCGGGCAGUGAUGUGACUUCAUUGUCGUCGCAGUUACCGGACACACCGAACAGCAUGGUGCCCAGUCCCGUUGACACGUGAGGCCUGAUCGGAGCCCGA